AUGGUGAAGAUCGCCUUCAACACCCCUACUGCGGUUCAAAAGGAGGAGGCUCGGCAAGAUGUGGAGGCACUCGUGAGCCGUACUGUCAGAGCUCAGAUCCUGGCUGGCAAGGAGCUCAAAGUUGCAGAGCAGGAGAAAGAUGGCUCUUCUGGAAGGUGUAUGCUUACUCUCUUGGGGAUGUCAUUCAUCUUGGCAGGACUGAUUGUUGGUGGAGCCUGCAUUUAUAAGUACUUCAUGCCCAAGAACACAAUUUACCAUGGAGAGAUGUGCUUCUUUGAUUCUGAAGAUCCUGUGAAUUCUGUUCGUGGAGGAGAGCCAUACUUUUUGCCUGUGACUGAGGAGGCUGAUAUCCGUGAAGAUGACAACAUUGCAAUCAUUGAUGUGCCUGUGCCCAGUUUCUCAGAUAGUGACCCUGCAGCAAUUAUCCAUGACUUUGAGAAGGGAAUGACAGCAUACCUGGACUUGCUUUUGGGAAACUGUUAUCUGAUGCCCCUCAAUACAUCCAUUGUUAUGACUCCAAAGAAUCUGGUGGAGCUUUUUGGCAAAUUGGCAAGUGGCAAGUAUUUGCCUCACACUUAUGUGGUUCGUGAAGACCUGGUUGCUGUGGAAGAGAUUCGUGAUGUUAGUAACCUUGGUAUUUUUAUUUACCAACUUUGCAACAACCGAAAAUCCUUCCGCCUUCGACGCAGAGACCUCUUGCUGGGUUUCAACAAGCGUGCCAUUGACAAAUGCUGGAAAAUCAGACACUUCCCCAAUGAAUUUAUUGUUGAGACCAAGAUCUGUCAAGAGUGA